AUGGAGUCGCGAUCAGGACAGACAGGACAGAUAGGACAGGAAGGGCAGCUAGGACAGCAAAGCUCAGAAUUUGAGAAUAUUUUAAAUGAUUUGAAUAGCGUGGAUUAUUAUGAGGGGAUUCAUACUCCCUCUUACGCAGGAAGUUUCACAGAGUCACCAUAUCUACACUCACAAUUCCCUCAAUCACCCGCUUCCUCCAUUUGCUCUUUUUCACGCUCUAGAUCCCCUUCAAUCUCAUCAUACGAUUCGAAUAUAAAUGAUAAUGACGAUUACGGCUUUAGUAAUCUAAAUUUUGAGCAAACAGAUCAUGUUCGACAACCUACACUUAAAAUCCCGGAUGAAAUCCCAGACUUGCAGGUCUGUGAAGCAACACCUAUCGCUAAAACACCGACUCAAGUUGAAUACGAAUUGAAAGGUCAACCUUUCUCAUUCCCAUCGAAUCAGUCUACUAAUAGACCUAGAGCUCAUUCAGAUUCUGUACCUACAUUCGUUCAUCCUACAGAUACUUAUCAAGAGUCCCCUCAACAGCACUCUCUGGGCAAAUCAUUCGGUCAUAGACGAUGCAGGUCUGGUGGCAGAGAAGGCGCAGGUACUCCUAACUACGGUCUUCGUCUUAGACCAAACUACAAAGUUGACCAGUCUCAGUCUCAGUCUCAGUCUCCGAAAUUAAGUCACAGUUUCAGUGCAAGUAGUUUGAAUCCUUUAGACGAUAUUGACUUGAGUUGGCUUCAAAGUCAACAAGAACAGCAACACUCUAUGCCCCAGCAAUCUCCAUUCAGUAGCACCUCUAAUUUGUUUGGAAAUGUCACUCAUACUGCUUAUGAUUAUAACUACGACAACAAUAACAGCAACCAUUCCAUCAACAAUCCUAAUGACCCCUAUAUGCACUCGAGUCCUUACAGUGGUAGCUCAUCAAGUCUAUACAACAGCCCGUCUAAUAACUACCCGAACUCACCUUAUGUGGAUGCACAACCUGCUUUAAACUCACUUGACUAUCCAACUGGUCUUCCAAACAACUUUAUCGAUCUCUAUUCACCAGAAGUUAACGUUAUGACCCCACCACUAGUUAGCAUUGAUUCGAUACACUCCUCACCUGCAACCCAACAAUCACAACUACACAGCGAACAGAAGACUAGCAGUCCAAAUAUACUCCCUUCUUUAGUACUACCGAAUGAUAGCAUGAAUGAUUAUGAUUAUGAUCAUAAGCCUGCUACUGAUGAUGCAACGCCUACUGCCGCAACAAGUGAUAUUAACAUGAUUGCAAUGAGUGCUGCUCGUGGUGGUUCACUCAACAACAUGCCUAUACUCACAUCUAAUCCGACGACUGCUCGGACGAGAUAUGCUUCGAAUAAUAGGAGAAAACAACCUAGUGAUGGAAAAGCACCAAAGGUUUUUGUUUGUGAAGUUCCAGGAUGUGGAAGUAGUUUUACAAGGCAUUUCAAUCUCAAAGGUCAUAUGCGCUCGCAUACAAAUGAAAGACCCUUCGUCUGUUCGUUUGAUGGUUGCGGUCGCGCAUUCGCCAGACAGCACGACAGAAAAAGGCAUGAGUCACUGCAUAACGAUGACAAACCAUAUCAAUGCUUAGGUUGUGAUAAGAAGUUUGCGCGGAUUGAUGGUCUUGCUCGACAUCACAAAAGUGAUCUUGGGAAAGACUGCUCAGCGAAGCAUACACAAAUUGAGGACUCUAAUCAUCUCUCUUCAUUCUCUUCAGCUUCCACUUCAACAGAUUCAGCCAAUUGCUAUGGCGUAUUGAUGUAG